AUCCAAAUCAUCAUAUUGCUUUCCCUUGCAGGCUUGCAGCGUCCUCCUCCUCUUGUCCUCGCCCUGCCGUCCUCAAUUCCCUCGGCCUGCUUCCCUGUGCUGUGCGGUGACUUGUCCUGUAUCGGGCUGCCGUGCUGCUGCUGACCGGAGGAGAGAUCCCUUCGUCCGCAGCUCUUCUUUUGCUGCAUCAUGUCGGAGAUAAAGGACUCCAAUGCUGCUGCUCUUGAUGGAAAUCCUGAACCUAUGGAUCAAAGUGAAGACAAUUCUAUGCCGUCAGCUCAGCAACAGGAAGAAGCAAUCAAGAAGAAGUUUGGUGGACUAAUUCCCAAAAAGCCACCACUCAUCUCAAAGGAUCAUGAGCGGGCCUACUUUGAUUCUGCUGAUUGGGCUCUAGGAAAGCAAGGUGUUGCCAAACCCAAAGGACCCCUGGAGGCACUUAGGCCAAAGCUGCAGCCAACACGCCAACAGCAACAACAACGUGCAAGGCGCUCUAUUUACACUUCGUCAGAAAACGAGGACGGAGAUGGCGCUGGUGCAGAGGAUAUGAACAUCAACUGAGGUGGCCCUGGAAUCUGCAGGACGUGCUGCGUUGUUGGAGAAUUCAGUUGCUUCAAGCAGGCAGCCCCCUUCGGUCGUUCUGUGAAUCGAUCGACAUAAGAAAAUCCUCGUUAUCAAGUGUUGUGUUGCGUUUACCCAAUUGAAGAAUAGAGGUGAUCCAUGCAUCUCCACAUGAGAUGAUGGAUGGUGUACAAGGUUAAUUAGUUCAGCAUUUGGCAUGAGAUAGCCUAUGUUAUUAUUAUACUGCAAAUCUAUUUGUGGAUAAAUAUAUGCUGCGUGUUUUGCUGAACAUGUAUGAAAUUAUCGAUGGCGGUGGUGACGCUGCAGUAACAUGAUA